CAAUUCAGUGGCAUAGACCUUCACAAUGGAACAACUCUCGUCAGGGGCCACAGAGGAGAAUAUGCCACUCAUCUCUUCACACAGGUUGCAACUGAUAUCAUUCGUAACCAUAAUACCUCAAAACCACUAUUUCUAUACCUUGCUGAGAUAGCACCUCAUACUGGUAAUUUUCACAAUCCUCUCCAAGCACCUCUAGAAAUUAUCAAAAAAUUUAGUUAUAUAAAACAUUUACAAAGAAGGAUUUAUGCCGCUAUGGUUUCCGCCUUGGACGAUUCAGUAGGAAGUAUAUUUAAAGCUUUAUAUGAGAAAGGCAUAUUGGAAAACAGUAUCAUAGUUUUCGCAUCUGACAAUGGCGGAGAGGUUUCUGUUAGAAAAAAUGGAUAUGCCUCUAACUACCCACUUCGAGGCAGAAAAAGGACUGCUUUCGAAGGUGGCAUUCGAGUACCAGCAGUUCUAUGGAGCCCACUCUUAGGUCUCAGAGAAUCCAGAACUUCAAAUCAACUUAUGCACGUCACGGACUGGUUACCUACGCUUUACGAGGCUGCUGGUGGUAAUGUGAAAGAUUUAGGUACUAUCGAUGGUCGAAAUAUGUGGAAUGCUCUUCGGCUAAAUUGUAAAUCUCCUCGACGUGAGCUUCUUCAUCUUCUGGAUACUAUAUAUGGCAUGUCAGCUUUAAGAAUUGGAAAUUUAAAACUAAUUAAUGGUUCAGUUUUUAAUAAAGCAGAAGAAUGGUACGGUCCAACAGGAUUUGAAGAUGUGAAUCCAGCGUCUAUGGAUGAAUGGGUAUUCAAAGAUAGUAAUGUUGUGGAAACUAUUUUGAAGAGAACUGAGCUGUGGUUACCUCGGUCUCCAGAUACAUGGAGGAGAGAGGCAGUCCUUCAAUGCAAUGGUAAACAGCCAAUAAAGGGAAAAGAGUGCAAUCCAGCCCAAGCACCCUGUCUGUUCAACAUUACUUCUGACCCUUGUGAAUAUCACAAUAUAGCUGCUGUCUAUCCUCAGAUGGUAAAUACUAUGAUGGAAAUUAUUUCUGCUCUCCAAGAAGUCUCCGAACCGGCUCAGAAGAAAAUCAUCGACCCAAAAUCCCACCCCUUAUGUCAUGAUUUCGGCCAUGUGGAAUGGCUGGAACCUGAAUACAGCUCUACCUGUGAUUUUCUCUAGGUAUAACUUUCCAAACAGUUAGUUACUAAAUUAAUUUAGAAUGAUUUCAGGUACAAUAUAGGACAAUAUGGAAAGCAAGUCACUAUCCAUGGCAUCUUGAAAACUUCAAUUAUAUUAAAAACAAAUACUCCGUACAUGGAUAAAAAAGGGGAUUCUCCUCCUCCCUGACUUAUUCUUGGGAGUUGACCAUGGAGUUCAGAAGUAGAUGGAGCAGACACCGUGCUUAAAUCUGAAAAGCGAGAAAGACUCAGUUUUUACCUCCCUAGUCUCCUUCUUUUAUCGACUCUCGUCUACUCCCUUCUCAGAAUAGGAUGUUAUGAACAUCGAUGAUAAUUUCGACAAUAUAUUUGUUAAAUUAAAUGUUAAAGUGGUUUAUUGUUCUGCUAUUGCAUGUUCAGGAAGAAAUGAUGCAUCAAAAAGCAAAAAUUUAAGCUUCUAUAGAUACAUUAUUUUUAUGUACAGGGUUUGCCCGGAAAGCAGUAGAACUGAAUUUCUUUUUUUUUUUUUUUUUAAUUCAUUCAUAAUUUUGACAAGUCGGCUGAAUAGUUUUCAAAAUAUGCCCCCUCUGCAUCAACACACCGUUUCCAGCUACUCUAUCAAUCGCUGAAGUGGCUCUGCCAAUCCCUGGCAUGCAAAAACUGGAAUGCUCUCCACCUCCCUCGUUACGGCCUGGACCGAGCCCUGGUGCCAUCCUUUCACAAUUCUUCCGUCGGGGGAAGAGGAAGAAGUCUUAAGGAGCGACAACUGAGCUAUAGGGUGGUUAGGAAAGCUGUGUGAUGCCAUGUUUGGUCAUGACAGCAAAGGCAGUGUGGUUCGGCGCAUUGUCGUGAUGCAGCCUCCAUGAUCCAGCGAUUGCUGGAAGGACGCGGGUGACUCGUUUACUGAUUCUGAGGUGGUCAGAAUUCAAAAGAUUUCUCACUUUACUUCUUUUCGCCAUCGUUGGAACAGCUAGCCCCCUGGGUUAGGCGCUUUUCAGCCUGUUGGAUCCCGUCGAUGGAAUUAAAAAUAAAUACAUAAAUAAAUAUCAAUAAAGAGCUUAGUACUGUGUACUCCGGGUAUUGAUUACAUUUAGAGCUUAGUGCUGUGUCCUUCGGGAACUGGUCACGCUAAACCAGGAACAUUGAAAGAACGACCAGAACAUGGAAAGAAGGUGCAUGGUGAGGACUGCUGAGACUAAGAGGAACACUUUUCACUAUUAUGGUACAUAUUAGGUAUACAGAUAUAUUAAGGAUAUAGUAUAGACUCAGGUACAGAUGUAAAAAUAAACAAAUACAUUACAAAUUGUGGAAUACAUUAACUGAGUUCUGGAUUAAUCAUAAUAUUAAAAUUAUUAAAAAAACACAAGACAUUAAGUAAAUUAAUAUAUGUACAGCGCGGACUGCUGACGGCACGGUUUCCAAAGAAAGAAGUCACUUUUACCGCAAUGCUUUUACCAACGGUAGUGCAGUCUCUAAUACGGCUGAAUGCAUGUUUAUUCUUAAUUGUGUUCUUGAACCAUACCGGCAUAUUGAUUGCAGCUAGUCUUUUUUAAUGUGAAUUCCCUGUGUGCGGGCAAUCAAACAGAUAGUGAUCUGGGUCACCAGUACUGCCACAAAUACAUUGGUCGCUGUCUCUUAGGCGAAAUCUGAAUCUGUGAACAUAGAACAUACAUGGCCAUGCCCUGUCAGGUACUAUGUGAGGUGCGAAGAGCUGCUAGUUAAAUUAUGGUUAACUUUUGGUUGGAAAUUAUACAGUCUUCUGCGAGUACGGAAGGGGAACAUUAAUGUCACUCACGUGGGGUUCAUUAGCUGCGCCUUUCGCAUCUGCUGCUUCAUUUCCUUUAAUCCCCGUAUGAACUUUUCAGGAAUCGAAAAUAAUAAUUUUAGUGUGUCCCUGACAAUGGAAUGUCUAUUGCGGCGGCCGCCCUGGAUGGCCUGCAAUUGAGUCUGUGUAAAUUCGCACUUUCAAGUUUUUGUCAUUUUUGCCGUUGAAAGGCGUCCUGACCGUUGCUCAUUUUCAACUUGCUCUCUUCCAUCCCGAAACAACUUGUGCCACUCAAAAACACUUAAUCGACCCAUGGCAUCACUCCCAUAAGCAGUCUUGAUCAUGUCAUUGACCACACUCGCAGUUUUUCCAAGUUUGACGUAAAACUUCGCCGCCUAAGGCUGCUCUAACAAACGAUUCAUUGUGGAGAUGACAAGGCACCAUGAAAGGGAUUCAUCUUAAACUCGAUAUACACUCCGAGAAGGCUUGGAGACGACUAGCGACUGGUCGUCAUAAUCCAACCAGUGCAGUAACAUCCCCCUCCUUCGCCACGUUUCGGCAGAGGAAAAAUCAGUCUUACUACUUCCCGGGGAAACCCUGUAUAAAGUAAUUUAUAUUUUCCUUUCCAUUUGAAUUGUUUUUGCUUUCUUUUAUGUUAUAAACAUUAGAUCAAGAUCUGACUGAAAACUCUAUUGUGCAUUUAAUUAGAGAAAUAAGCAAAUAUUAUCUCAGGAUAAGAAGCAAAUAUUGGUGUAAAGAUCUAUCGGAUAAGUUAGAUUCCCCUUCCCUCCCCCCAAAAAGGACAUAAAUUUAACAAAUUAGUUCCACUUAAAGGAGAAAAAUUCUUACGUGUUAUCAAAUUUAACCAUCUUCUUUGCAAUUAUAAACUGUAACUAAACUUACGACUGGCAGCGAAUUUUCGCUAAGUCUAAAAUAACAACUGAAACUUCAGAAGGGUGUAAAAGACCCUUUGUUUUUAAACUCAGACAGCAGAAGGCACACCUGGUGCUUACAACUUGGCUAACCACAUGUGGCUUGAUUAUUCAACUAUCGGCAAUUAUAAUGCAAAACCAAAGAUUACAUAUCUUAUCUAAGCUAGCAGCAAUUUAGCAACGUGUCCUCGAAAGGCAAAACACCCUCUGCCUUACAGUUUAAAAACCCCACUACACACGAACUAAUUUCCAUUCUGGCAGGAAAACAGAAGGGAGAGGUAACUGUAAAGACCCAAAAUAUACAAUAACUGGUUAAUUAACAUAAAGGAACUUUACAGAUUAUUAAUUAACACUGAAGAAAGAAAGUUAAUAAUAAAAAUAUUCUUUACAUAUCAUAGGAAUGCCCUGAUUUUGUUAAAAUUUUAAAUGAUAUUUUUACAAAAUUUUAAUCUUAAUUAAUUAAUUUGGUUUAUUUAAUGUAUUUUUAAUCAAAUUGAAUUUGAAAAGAUCUCAGUUAACUUUAAGAAUAGAGUACAUCAGUAUUGUAAGUAACAUGAAUAAAAUCCAUGAAAUAUUAUAAUUAAUUUUUUCAAUUAUAACAAGACAAAGGCUUUCUGUUCUCCAGGAUUGUAUGCAUUUCUAUGCAUAUCACAAAGAAGAUAAUGAAGGAAGCAUUAAAUAAUUUCAUUAUAUUAUAUAACUUCCAUAGCCUAUCUCCCCUUAAAAGUCUAGGAUGUAACUUUAAAUAACUGCUUUUGAUAUCAAAAACCUAUCUUGUAUUUUUUGUUUAAUGUAUUUCAUAACUCAGUACUUUUCCAUUAUACACCUCCACACUUUUUGGCACCUGUGAGAGAGUGAAAGAGGAGUCAACCACAAGCCGAGACCCAAGGAUAGCACCAUCUCUGUGUAUGUGUGCAUAAACAAGAAUAAUUAAGCACAUAUUAUUACACUAUUAUUGCCAAAAUGCAUGGCACAUGCACAAUGCAAAAGUCCUCAUAAUCCUUCAUAGUACGAAUGAUGUUUAUUUAUAAGAUAAGAAUUUAAAUGUAGGGGGAUAAGACAUUAUAUAACUUAUCUUGAUAAACAAAAUUUUUUUUUUUUUUUUUUUUAAUUACCGACAAAAUUCAGAUUCUUGUUAUAAAUCAGUGCUGCAUGUGUUCAUAGAAAAAUUUAUUGUUUUCUUCAUUAUAUACAGAAAAUAAUUUUAAGAGUUUAUUAUUUUAUCCAGAAGUCAAUUCCAUUAUUUCCUUCAACUUCUGCUUCUACUUAUUCGCCAGUUGAAUGAUUUCCAAAAAGUACUACGAAUUUCAUUCUUUUUUAUUAUUAAGGUAUUCUUUAUUAGUUAUAUCUGUACACAGUUGAGAAUUCAUAUUUGCAUAAGAAUUGAUGAUGUUAUAUCUUCAAAAAUUUCGAUGGCACUUAAAUUAUCCAUCUACAUUUUAGUAGGACAGAAACUAAUUGCUUUGAAAUUGCAUCCCCAUGCCUAUCAUUGCUACUUAAAGGCGUUCAUUAACAGCUUAUUGAAAAUUGCUAAUGGUCCUAAAAUUUAACUGUGAUAAGUUUAAAAAGCAUUUUAAUAGUGUGACAAAAAAUCUUCGGUUUACUUGCAAAACAAUUAUUAUAACCAUGUUUAAAACAGUGGGAAAUGCACAGAGUUAUAUGUAAACAGUAGUUUAACUGGGUCCAUUAAAAUAGCGAGACAGGAAAGCUUAUCAGUGUUGAGGAUUCAACUAGUCCUACUACGAGGGUUGCUGGUAGCUGCUCCAUUUACCUUUUACUCCCAUGGUUAUGAUACAUCUAACUUAACCCCGCACUGACAACUGCAGCAAAAACACCCCUGAAAUUGAAAUUACAGAGGAAGUGGAGAGAUCAAGACUUAAUUCAACUGGAAUCCAAAGACGGCAGUUCUAAGUUUUGGAACGAAAUUAUAAUUCAAAUCGAAAAUCCAAGUGUAUUUUUAUCUAUUUUUCCCUAUGGUUGUCAUUAACUUAUUUAAUCUCUUUACAUCUUAUUUAACUUUAACUGCUUAUUAUUUACAUAUCAAUUAUAUUGUAAUCGAACUGUAUGUAUAUGACAUUACAACCAAGUAUGCUACAUUCCUGCAUUUUAUGAGUAUAUUGUAAUACUGUACCUUGUAUAUGCAUAUUUUAUACUAUAAAUGAUUAUCUUUAUGAUAUAUUUAUAAAAAGGGUAAAGGAAUAAAUGAAA